GGCGUAAGACCAAGUAUGUCUUUCCGGUAGAUCUACAUGUGAAAAGCAAGAUAUAGGGGUAUGUGGAAGUUCAGCCAACUUUCCCGCAAAAAUAUUCCUGUAAAAUAGUUUCACUAGCAUAGCUAACGCAAAAUAAAGUAUGUAUAUGCCAGAAGUUAUGUAUGUAUGGAAAUGAGUUUUUCUCACCAUGGGUCUUGUAUUUAGGAAAGCAAGAUGACUUCCACUACUAGUAAUAUUUGUCUCAUCUGUUUUGUACGUGGUGAGACUGAGAAAGAUAUUUUCCCUGUAGUAAUUGAUAAUAAUUCAACCGUUAAAAAUCUGGGAGUCGAAAUCAGAAAGGUCCGGCAAGACUUAAGUCAAAAAAACUUCGAUCUAUAUGUAAGAAAAUUCAAACAACCCAAUCAUGCUUUGGUCAAUACUGUGAAUACUACCGAAAAAAGACAAGGGGAAUUGAUGGAGCCUCCCAAUAAGUUUACUUAUUAUUUUUCCAUGGAAGAUAUAAAAGGACUUAAAAACAACCCUCCUUAUCUUCAAUAUGAUGGUGAAAUAGGUCCUAUUCAUGUUAUCGUAUACCUCCAGGAAGUGUUGGAAAAAGAUCCCGACUCUAGCAAAUCAGAAAGUGAACUUCCGAGAACGUAGUUAUAUUUUUAUUCACAUCAUGUAGCGAUAUAGUCGCAAUUUUAUGUAUUAUAGGCCGGGUUGGUCCCUCUGGGACCGUUCCGGCAACGUUUUAUUUCAUAAAUAAAGUAUUAUUUUACCAGU